AUGUCUAAAGGAAGUGCAAGUGAUGUUAAAAGUAAAGUUGGUGAGUGUACAAGGCAUCGGAGUAGUGUUAGUCAGAAUGCAAAGUUGGAUGUAUUAGAUCAUAAUAGGAAGGGUGAAUGCUCUGACGAUAUUGCUCACCGACUUGGAAUGCCUCUGCUGACCCUAUGCAUGAUUAUUAAGAAUCAUGAGAAAAUUUUGGAAACAGCAAAACUUGUGCUGAAGCAUGCUUCUGUGAAGCAAAGAAGUGAAAGGAUGGAGAAAAUGGAACGCUUGUUGUCUAUAUGGCUGCAUAAUCUGUACAAGCAUAAUUUGUACAUUAGCCUACCCCUCGUUCAACAGAAGACCAUGAGUUUGUAUAAAGAAGGAGAGACUUGUGAACCUGGACAUUUUAAUGCCAUCAGUGGAUGGUUUUACAGGUUUCAGAAAAGAUAUGGCUUCAAGAAUGUGCAAGUGCUGGGAGAGGCUGUGAGGGCAGACAAGGAUGUAACUGAAGCAUUUCCCAAAAUGCUAAAGACCAUCAUAAAAGAAGGUGGCUACAACCUACGGCAAGUUUUCAAUAGUGAUGAAAUGGGCUUGUAUUGGAAAUGCAUGCUGUCUAGGACCUGUAUUUCUGUGAACCAGAAGUCUGCUCCUGGAUUUAAGGCCUUGAAGGAUCUCCUAACUCUGUUGUUAGGGGGUAAUGUCGAUGGAGACAAGAAGCUGAAGCCCUUGCUAGUGUACUGUAGUGAAAAUCCAUGUGCUAUGAAAUCUCGGCUUCUUGUCAUUUGGAAAUCCCACAGAAAGGUCUGGAUGACGAGGAACCUUUUCUGUGAAUGGUUUCUGGGUUAUUUUGUUCCAGAAAUGAAAAAGUAUUAUGAAGAGAAUAACCUUACAUUCAAGAUUCUCCUCAUCCUGGACAAUGCUAGUGCCCACAACCUGGAUUUUGAAUCCCUCUGUCCUAACAUCCAGGGUUUUUUUUAUGCCACCCAGGAUAACCUCACUCAUGCAGCCAAUGGUCAAGGGAUUAUCACAAACUUCAAAGCUUAUUAUUGGUUGAGGACAUUCCACAGACUCAUUCAGGAAAUUGCUGGAGAAGGAAAACCCACAGUCCAGGAAUUCUGGAAAAAAAUCAACAUUAUGGAUGCUGUUAUGAUCAUCAGUGCUGCCUGGCAAUACGUCUCCAAUUGUUUAAUGAAAAGAGUCUAG